GGCUGACCAGAGCGGCAACCUGCCCGUUACAUAUCUUCUCUGAAGAAGUGUUCACGUAUCGAAGAAAAAAAAAAAAUAAUGAAUGGUGUGCAACCUGUCGACGGUCAGCCGCUGCAGCUGUUCAACUGCACCCACGCGGACUGUGGAGCGACUUUCAGCAGACAGUGGAGACUGAAGGAUCACGAGACGGUGCACACCGGAGCGCGCCCGUGUCUCUGCACAGUUGCCGGCUGUGGUCAUCGUUUCUCGAGAAAAUCCCACCUGAGCCGCCACAUGCUUCAGCAUAGUGGGGUGAAGCAAUUCCAAUGCAAACUUGCGAGCUGCACGCAGAGUUUCUUCCACGCAGGAAAGCUGAAGAGACAUAUUCGCUACGUCCACGGAGACAAAAACAAGUAUUUCAAGUGUAACCAGACAAACUGCUCGUUGACCUUCAAAAAGCGCAGACUGUUUAAACUGCACUUAAAGGAGCACGGCGUGCCUGCUGAGUCCAAGUGUUUGAAGGCUGGGUGCGGUGCCACGUUCAACUCUCAUAUCGCCCGCAAAGCCCAUGAGAAGAAGCACACAGGUUACCGCUGCCCUCAUGCCAACUGCCAGGUGUUUGAAUACACCUGGAGCAAACUUCAGAAGCACGUGCAUGCCAAACACCCAGCUACGUUCACAUGCCAAGCGUGCAAGAAGGUGUUUAAGAAAGCAGAUGCUCUGCGGCGGCACAAACGGAUCCACGCUUCCCAUAAGCCUGUGCUGGUUUGUCCCAGGGACGACUGCCACGCCUACUUCUCUACAACCUUUAACCUGCAGCACCACAUCCGCAAGGUGCACCUCCAGCUCUUCAAACACAGAUGCUCCUUCCCCGACUGCCCACGCACGUUUGCUAUGAGAGAGAGUAUGACUAGACACCUGCGUCGCCAUGACCCAAGCGCCACCACUCUGAUAAAGCGUUUGCGGCCUAAGAAGUCCUGGCAGAAGCGUUUGGAUGGACACCAUCUGCCCCUUGUGGAGGAAAACCUGCGUCGCCUCUUCGCCCUGCGCAUGAGGAUCUCCCGACGUGCCAAAGUGGAAACCAACCUCUCGCGCCUCUUCAAUGAGCGCAAGAUCCCUCAUUAUGUCGACCCAGAAGUCAACCUGCGUAAUCUGUUUGGGCUCAAACGGCCCCGCCCUUUAGAGAAGCCUGAGGUCGAAUAAAUAAAGAUGCAUCCAGAUAACAGCGCAAGUUUGAACUUCCUGAAAUCUGCAGGCUUAAGUUGGACUGAUUUUUCUUUAAUGUUUUAGAAAUUGGGUCUCUUUGGUUGAGUUUUAUUUAAUGUAGCUGUCAUACAUUUAUAUAUUUCACUAAUUAUUGGUCACGUGACUCAUUGAUUAUGUGAAGCGUUUGAGAAAAUGAAUUCUAGUUCUUGAAGACAACAUGUCUAAUCUGAAAUGCUUAAUUUGUAACCUGCCGUGUGCUGACCCAAUAAAUGAGUUACAUUUUGA